AUGGAAAUCUCUACUCUCGCAACGUACCAUUGCCUUGCUUUUGUCUGGUAUUUUUUCGUCGCCUAUUCGAUCACGCAUGUAAGAACAGAAGAGCGGCCAUCUGAAGUGUUCCUUUACGGUGGGCAGUGGAAAUAUUUGACAGUCCUCAAUCUGGUUUUGCAGGCUGUCUUCUAUGGGGUGUCCUUCCUGGCUGAUGUGUUGAGACUAAUUAAGAAACUGCGAUGUGCUAAGUGCAUAAUUUCCAGCAGAGACCUUCUUUUCAGUGUCCUGGCUUUCCCAGUGUCCACAUUUGUGUCUAUAUCCUUUUGGACACUGUAUACCUACAAUCGAGAGCUGGUUUACCCCAAAAGCCUUGAUGGAGUCAUCCCGCUCUGGUUAAAUCACGCUAUGCACACAGCUGUAUUACCAUUUGCUGUCCUGGAAAUCCUUGCCACACCGCAUCGUUACCCAGCAAAGAAGAAGGGAUUGAUCCUUUUGGGAUUUGUUUCUUUUCUGUAUAUCAGUUGGGUCCUGUGGAUUUAUUCUGUAACAGGAGAGUGGGUAUAUCCUCUCUUCGCUUUGUUCAGCCCAGCCGGGCUAGCAGCCUUUUUCGCCGGUAGCCUUGCCAUCAUCAUCUCUUUCUACAACUUCGGGGAGUUCCUCAACCGUAUGAUAUGGGGAGAUUCAAUAGUAAUACUGGACUACAGGCGGAAAGGCAAGUGA